GUGUGUGUGUGUGUGUGUGGGUGGGAUCUCGCCUCACGUUGCUGCUGCAGGCACUAGAGUCAGGCAACAGCAGAGGAGGGUUGGAAACAGUCAGCUAGAACUAGUUUGUGUUACAUUAUUAUUAUAUAAUAUUAUCUUCGCUGUCAUGGAGUCAAUGGAGAAACAUCCGCGUUCUCUAGCAUUUAUAUGCUGUGUCUUUGUGUUGUGUGUUCAGCUGCAGUUGGGCUUGACGGGAGACUGCCCUGCAGAUGGACGCACCUGGGUGCCGUUUGGAGACGGCUGUUACCACUUUGUCCACGGAACAGAAGACAAAAUCAAAAGUUAUACUUUUGAUAGAGCAAAAACUCUCUGCCAAGGAUUUGAGCUUUUGACCAUCCAGAGUGCUGAGGAGAAUGACUUUGUCUUUAAAUAUAGCCCAGAGGUGUGGAAAAACAAUGUCAACAUUUGGCUGGGAAUGUAUUAUGACACAAACAGUGACAACAUGAAGUGGUUCGGUGAGAAACCUGUAGGAUUCAGUAACUGGGAUGACAGCUCUUCCCUAUCAGACCUAUUGCCCUUGGAUACAUGUGUGGCUCUGCACAGCAACACAGGAAAAUGGGAAAAUGUCAGCUGUCUGGAACAGGCAGAGAAUGGAGUGGUCUGCGAAACAGAUCAGAAGGCAGAGGAAGUCAAGCAAAAACCCAGCCCGCUGCUGUCUGCCCUGGUCAUUCUCAGCGUGGUGGCUAUCAUGGGAGUCUCCGCAGUUAUUUGGUUCCUUCACCAGAAGCGCAAUCUUGGUACCUCUAUCUUCACGGCCUUUGAAUACCACCCUCCGUUCCGAGUCCUGGACUCAGACCGGUCGUGCCUGGUGGAGGCUGAGGAGAAUGACAACAUGCCAUAGGAGAUCCUACUCUGUUUCACAAAGGGAACCACCUCCUUAGGUGGGUGUUCAUGCAUGGAUAAUUUCAAUCUAAAAGAACUGUUUCUGAAGUAGUGUUUGGUUAACACAUUUCAAUAUCAUGACUCACAAUAGCAAUCUGACUGCAGGCUUACUCUAACACUAACCUAUCAUUGCGGCACAUAAACAUCCCACUACUUUUUACUGCGCAAAAAAACCGAAGGAAUUAAGUAUACUUUUUUUGUGAAAUGUUCAGCCAAUAAGUAUUGCUUUGUCGUAAACUGGUGGACUGAGAAGAUGAAGAUUGUACGAUGAAGGUCAACUGAUGCAGCGACACAAUGCCAUCCAUUAAAGGUUUUCAAAAGUCUCUCCCUGCCUGGUAGAGGUUCAUGUCCGUCGCUUGAGCAAUCGCCACGUUAAUCCAUGCAUGUUGUUUUGCACAGUCCGUAAAGCAGAUUCUUUAUAAAUAUAUUUUUUCCGAAUGGAAAGCUGUCCUAAGCCAAUACUGCCAGAGAAGGUCCUUUGUCAUUCCCUUGCAUUUUAUCCUGUGCUUGAGUUUAUAUUGUGAGAAGGUGCACGACUAACAAAACUAUAGUCGAUAAUUCCACAUUUUGUUAAAAUCACAACACUGGUGAAGAUGUCUUCAUUUAUUCCAGAGUAUAUAUAUAUAUAAAUAAUCUACAUUGCCAGUCCUUUAUGCACUGUUUACCCUGUUUAAAGAUGCAAUAUAUAUAUAUAUAUAUAUAUAUAUAUAAAAGUAUAUUUAAAAAAAAGUUUCCUGCCAUGAAAUCCAAUCAUUGUAUCUUUGGAGUGCACUGAUGAUUUUAUUAGUGGAAAGCGUAACACCUCCUGUGACAUUAAUGACAAUCAAUACUUGGCUGUGUGAUGGGUAUACUCCAGAAUGAUGAGAAUUUAUUACAUUGUGUAAAAUAAAAAUUUUAAUACAGUCGCUUAUUUUUAAAGCAAGAAUACUUUUGUGCAAUAUUUGAGGAUAAUUUGUUAGUAUCUGAGCCCCUUGCUGCUUUUCAUAAUAAAGUUUGUUUGACUAUUA